CAAUAACUUUAAUCCCGCUGGUUACUGGUUACAAUAGCACAAUAUAGUACAGUAUGGCUGAAGGAGGAACACGUAAAAGACGGCAAAAAGGGCAAAAAGCUACUGGAGUCAGAGUGUAUGAUGCAAUGAUGAAAUAUGUUGCAAGUCCUGGACAACUCGACCGCCAUGGAUUUCCUCGACCAGGACAGCAACAAGACAAGGCCAAAUUUUCUUGCUCGCCACCAAAGGAGGCAUUCAACAACACAAAACAUAAGACAUGCUAUAGAUGCGGAGACUCAUUUAUUCUUGAAAAAUCGGGCCGUAUAACCGGUGGAGAGUGCUGGUAUCACAGUGGACGACUGCAUGAUGACGGUUACACUUGUUGCGGUGAAGAUGAGGACGAAGAAGGUUGUACGACAGCAAAAACACACGUGCACAGAGACAACGUUUUGGACAGAUACGGCUACGUCGAGACAUACGAAAAGCCAAUACCGUAUGGGGUUAACCCUGGUAUAUACGCAAUUGAUUGUGAGAUGUCAUACACCGUCAACGGUAUGGAAUUAACUUGCGUCAGUAUUGUGGACGAAAAUUGCGACACGGUUUAUGAUACCUACGUAAAGCCGUAUGGAAGAAUCCUCGACUACAAUACUCAAUUCAGUGGUGUGACGAAAAAAUGUUUGCGUGGUGAAACGACCACUCUUGAAGACGUACAAAAUUUUAUGCUUGAGACCUUUUCCAAGGAUACUAUAUUGGUUGGUCACAGCCUAGAAAGUGAUUUUGUAGCCCUGCGGCUAAUCCACGAAAAGGUGGUGGAUACUUCUUUAAUAUUCACUCACCCCAUGGGAUUCCCUUACAAGUACGCUCUGAGAACACUCGCAAGGAAAAAGAUUGGCAAAACAGUGCAAGAUGGUGAACACGACAGUGAAGAGGACGCAACUACGUGCAUGCAGAUAAUGUUGGACAGAAUCGGUUUUUCAGUAUAAUUCUGAACACUAUGAUUCCUGCAUUGACAUUCCUGCAAAUGCAGUAUAA